AUGCCGACAGAGAUCGGUGUGGUCUUCUGCUCAGCCGGCGGCUUGUUUCUGUUUGGAGGAGUGAUCAUGUUCUUUGAUCGAUCCAUGCUUGCCAUGGGCAAUAUCCUCUUCCUCAUCGGCCUGACCCUCAUCAUUGGUUUCCAGAAGACCAUGGUCUUCUUCUCGCGUCCCCAGAAACUCAAGGGUACCGCUGCGUUCACCGCGGGUAUCAUCUUGAUCCUGCUCCGCUGGCCUCUGACAGGCUUCCUGAUCGAGCUGUACGGCCUGUUCAUCCUCUUCGGCGAUUUCCUCGUCACCAUCGGUCAAUUCGCGGGCAACAUCCCAGUCGUGGGACCGUAUAUUCAGCGCGGUCUCGAGAUUCUGGCUGGUGGGAGGAGCAAUGCCGAACUGCCGGUAUGA